ACAUUUAUCUCGUACAUCAGGAGAGCCUGGAGAACUGGUAGGAAGAAUUGUUGUUGGAGAUCCACUCAGACAAUUUGAUGGCUAUGUUUGUAAGAAAGCUAGUGACAAAAAGAUUGCGUCUGAUGUGUUUAGAAAAGGUGACAUGGCGUUCUUAACAGGUGAUGUUCUAGUCAUGGACGAGUACGGUUACAUGCAUUUUAGAGAUCGUACUGGAGACACCUUUAGAUGGCGCGGAGAAAAUGUAUCCACAUUUGAAGUGGAGACAACAAUUAGUAAAAUAAUCAAACUUAAUGACGCUGUAGUGUAUGGUGUGGAGGUCCCAGGGUCUGAAGGACGUGCUGGUAUGGCAGCAAUUGUUGAUCCAAAUGAUCAGAUAAAUCUGACCGAACUGUGUAUGGCGUUGCAGAAAUCUUUGCCGUCAUAUUCAAGACCUUUGUUUAUACGUCUAAUGAGACAAGCUGCUGAUACUACAG